AAUUAAAUUUCCGGAUGAAUAUUAAUUUUUUAUUUUAUUUUUAAAUAUAGAAUUCUAUGAAAUUGGUAACAGUCACGUGUUUAUAAAUUUAAUGCAGUCAUUUGUUUUGAUUGUUAUAUUAUUUCUUUAUUCAUUUUGUCAAGUGACGAUCAGUCAGAUUGUAACUGCCAAACAAAAAAUGACAACCACCGCAAAUAUUGUAUCAGGUGAAUUGAAUGAUGGUUUACGAGUUGAUAUACAAUCAUUUGCUUCAUUAUGGACAGCACUGAGAAAUAAUUAUAAGGGAACAAAUGUCACCAAGACAAUUACCCAAUUUUUAAAUAUGUAUAAAUCAAAAGAUGGCAUAAAAGCAUAUGAAAAAUUAUUAAAAAUUCUCUGUACAAUUCUUGAAGAUUUUGAUGAAAAUGGACGUCGUCUACUAGUAUCAAUGGUACCACUACCAAAAGGAUCAUCAGAUGAAGACAUUAAAAAUGUAUUUUUUUCAUCAACUGGAUUUACAAGAUUAAAUGCACCAAGCUAUCAAUCAAGUGAUUUACAGGAAUCAACGACAAAUCAGACAAUGUCAUCACAAGAUGUUAAUCAAUUUCGUAAUUUUUUAUCAUCAUCAGACAUUGAUUCUUCUCAUCAACAAAAAAAACAACGUUCUAAUUACGUAUUACAAAAUAAUAAUCCACAGAUGUUUAAUUCACAUCAACAUUUUAAUGAUCGUCAACAAGAUGCAAUUAAUAUACAAGCAGGAUAUAAAUUAAAUCGUCAUCAAUCAUCACCAUAUUUAAUGCAACAUGCUGGCUAUGGUGAUUAUAUUGUUAAAACAUUGGAUAAUGAAUUUAUCAGAGUACCAUCAACAAAUAUGCAUUAUUAUCGUUCAUAUCAAAUGUUGCAACAACAACAUCACCAACAGCAGCAACAGCAGCAACAACAACAGCAACUCAAUCAAUCAAUGAUAAAUGAAAAAAAUCAUCCGUCAAUAAAUAAUUCAACUGUAAAAUCUCCGAUAUUUGAUAAUGACAAUAAAAUUGAUGCAGUUAUUGAUGAUAAAAAAAUUGAUACAAAUAAUAAAAAUACAGAUGAUAAAAUUAAUAAUGAAAAUAAAUUAAAUUCAUCAAUAAUUAAUACAAAUAAAUGUAUUAAAAAUAAUUUUAAAAUAACUCAAAAUCUUACUGCAUGUAUUGAUCGUUUUUUAGAACGUGCUAAAAAUUAUAAUAAUGAUGUAUCAACAGCAAAAAAUAUAAAUUCAUCAAUUUUACAAAAAAGAAAAAAUACUGGAUCAUCAAAUCAAACAGUAUUUUCAACGCAGCCAACUGUUAAUGACAUUGCAGCAUAUAAAAAACAGUAUUAUGAUAAUUUGAUGAGUCUUCAACAAGCUAAAUUAGCUAAAGAUUGUAAUCCUUAUCAUCGAUCAGCUGAGUAUUUACAGCAGCAACAACAACAUCAACAUCAACAACAACAGCAGCAACAGCAACAGCAGCAACAACAGCAACAGUGGUACUAUCAGCAACACCAACAACAGCAACGUAUGGCUAUGGAAAUGGCACCACAAUAUCCUCAGAGACUUUUAGAAGAUUUUUUAGAAGAAUAUCAAUAUCGUGCAAAUGAAUGGAUGAAUGUUUAUGGUGGUGUCAGGUAUCAUUCUGGCAUGUAUGAUCCUGCAUGCAUGAUGUAUCCACGUCAAGAUACAACAAGAAAUAUCUAUCGCAGCAAAGCAGAUGAACAUCACGAUGCCAAACGACAAAAAAUUGAUGAAAUUACAACAAAACGUAAAGAACAUGAAUAAUCAACAUGAUAAUUAUUAUUUUAUUUAUUUAUUAUUUAUUAUUAAUUAAAAAUAAGUUUAUUGGUUUUUGGUUUUUUAUUUUUUAAUCAUUUCAUCAUCAUCAUCAUCAUCAUCCAGUGUACAUAAAUAUAUUAAAAUAAUUAAUGUCAUGGAUUUUAUGUUUUUUGCUUUUUCAUCUGGUACAUCAUUAUUUGACAUUUUUUUUUUUUUUUUGGAUUUUAUUAUUCGAUGUACAAUAAAUUAUUUGACAGAGUUUGAGUUGUUUUUCUUUUUUUUGUUUAUUUAUUUCAGAGAUUGUCGUUAUUCUAAUA